AUGAACGGAGAUUUCUUUUCACCAUCAUUAUGGUUCAAUGAGAAUCCAAAGUAUACGAAGGAAAACGCACCCGACGCAAUCUUCUUAAUGAUGGGAAAGGCGGAUUCGGGAUUGGUAAAACUACUGGAAAAAGCGAAGCAAACAUCUGACCUAGAAAUUAGGAGAAGUGGAAUGAUAGAUAUACCUGGUUCCAAUCCUCCCUUUUGUCAUUACAUUAGGAGGGGUCCAAUAGAAUUGCGAGUUACUUUCACAGUUUUUACAGGUUAUCAGCCCGAUGCUCACUAUCGCCAUUACUUCAAUGCUCCAAACGUAAAACGUAUUGUAUAUUUUUUCGAUAUAAAUGUUGAUCGCUUGAAGACAUACGUCACAGACACAGAAAAAGUAGAGAAAAUAGCGAAAGGAGAAUUUCCCCCACUUGAACCGAAACUUAAAACUUGCUAUGACAAUAUGAUGGAUACACGUCGUGCUUUCCAAUCAGUGACAACCGUAAUCAAAAGAUUACACCCCAAAGUUCCUUAUAUUGUCGUAGUAACAAAUCGUGACAAAUUACCUGAAUUUAGCGACACGCUAAUACACAAAUAUCUCGAACUCGAAUCUUUAUCUUGUCCAAUAGAAAUUGUGGAUACCGACAUGGAUCAUAUGGACGAUGUCAUUGAGUGGUCAAAUCAAUUGAUGGACAUGAAUGAAUGGUGUUUUCUCAAUCGUAGAUUAUCUA